AUGCCCAGGCCGGGAAAGAGUUCGUACAGCGACCAGAAGCCCCCCUACUCUUACAUCUCCCUGACGGCUAUGGCCAUCCAGCACUCGGCCGAGAAGAUGCUGCCCCUGAGCGACAUCUACAAGUUCAUUAUGGAGCGGUUCCCUUACUACCGGGAGCACACCCAGCGUUGGCAGAACUCCCUCCGCCACAACCUCUCUUUCAAUGACUGCUUCAUCAAGAUCCCGAGGCGACCCGACCAGCCGGGUAAAGGCAGCUUCUGGGCAUUGCACCCGGACUGCGGGGACAUGUUUGAGAACGGCAGCUUUCUCCGUCGCCGCAAGCGCUUCAAGGUGCUGCGCCCUGAACACCACCUGCCCGGCGGCGGCGGCGGCGGGGGGCGGCGGCGGUCCCGGCAAGCCCCCGGCGCCUACCCCGCACAUGGUGCACUACUUCCAUCCGCACCCGCCACCGCCUUCUCGCCCUAUGGGAGCAGCCAGCCCUCGGGUUUCAAGCAUCCCUUCGCCAUCGAGAACAUCAUCGGCAGAGAUUACAAGGGCGUGCUUCAGACCGGCGGGCUUCCCCUGGCCUCGGUCAUGCACCACCUGGGCUACCCGGUGCCCAGCCAGCUCAGCAGCAUGGUGAGCUCCGUGUGGCCUCACGUGGGGGUGAUGGACUCCGUGGCCGGCGUGCCCGUGUCUCCCGACUACGCACCCUUCGGCAUGCCUGUGAAGGCGCUCUGCCACCCGCCGGCACAGACCAUGCCCGCCGUCCCGGUACCCAUCAAGCCGGCGCCGGCGUUGCCUGCUGCUUCGGCCAUCCCUGCUCUGACGGUCGCCGCCUCGCAGAUCUGCCCCGCCGCUUCCCCGGCUGCUGCAUCGCUGCUGGAACAGACUGCGAGCAACAACCCCGAGGGCAAGAGCUCCCUCCAUUCCGUCCUGGUGCACUCCUAA